AUGGCCGGUGGUUUCCUCUCAUACCACGAACCUGGAACCGUCGACAUUCUAAUCGUCGUCUCUUUCUUCUUUUUCCUUUCCCUCGCAAGAUGGGUCUCCGCGGCGGCAAUCCAGGCCGGAAUUAUAGGUCAAAUCGCCGUCGGCAUCAUCUACGGAGUGCCCUUGGCCAAUAUCCUUGAAUAUCACUGGCAAGAGACUUUUGUCACUCUUGGAUAUGUCGGUCUGAUUCUGAUCAUCUUUGAAGGCGGUCUUGGCGCCCGAGUGGACUUGCUCAAGCAGAACUUCACUUUGAGUAUGAUCGGCGCCGCAACUGGAGUUUUAUUCCCUAUUGGUCUUUCAUACCUUUUGCUACAUCUUGGUUUUGGAUAUGGUGCGGUUGAGACCUUCAUCAUCGGCGCAUCCCUUUCCGCUACUUCACUCGGGACCACCUUUGCUGUGAUCAGCUCUACGUCCGACUCGGUCAACCUCGCCGAGACUCGAGUAGGGUCAGUUCUGGUGAGCGCGGCUGUUAUCGACGAUGUUGUAGGACUUGUUAUGUUAAGUGUGAUUGGCGAUUUGGGCAAACUUUCAGGAGACGGCGAUAGUGUUAACCUGGGAUGGCUGAUCGGGCGUCCUAUAGUGGCAUCGAUAGGCAUGGCCGUCGUAAUGCCUAUCGUCACCAAAUGGGUCUUUGCGCCAUUUUUCCGAAAGUUCAUUGAACACCGCUUUGCGCGCUACGACCAUAUCUCCAACAUCAUCCUCAUGACUCUUGUUCUUUCAGCUUUUAUUGCCAUCGCUGGCUUUACUGGUACAUCCGUCUUGUUUGGUGCAUUCCUGGCAGGUGUAUUUCUUACAUACAUACCGAGCAAGCACCCCGAGGGACCAUUUGUUGUCCUGAGCCGCGAGGAAGGCGAGCGCGAGGCGGAUAAAAGCCCCACUUUCGUUCAUACCUUUGAGAAAUACCUGUUAGGACCCCAGCAGUAUUUGAUGGAACCAUUGUUCUUCUCAAGUAUCGGAUUCGCGAUUCCGUUCUUGGAGCUGUGGACCGGGGAGCGCAUUUGGAAAGGGAUUGUCUACACCCUCCUGAUGACGUUUGCGAAGUGUAUCGUCGGAAUCUGGGUCCCCAUAUGGCAACUCGCUUUGGGGGGUAAAUCUCACAAAGAGCCACACGAAGAGCAGAAAAUUCAGGGACCACCGAAAAAGGAGGACAGCAAUACAAGCGAUGAAGAGCAAAGCGACCAGGACAAGGGGAAGACGUGGAAACGGACCUGCCUGGCCGCAACACUUUUAGGAUCUGCCAUGGUAGCACGCGGCGAGAUUGGGCUUUUGAUUAUUGAAAUCGGACACAACGAAACUCCGUACGUUAGUGAUGAAGGGUUCUACACUGGCGUGUGGGCGAUUCUUUUGAAUACCAUUAUUGGCCCAGUUACCGUCGGUCUCCUGGUUCGAUUCUAUGCGCACGAGCUGGAAGGGGGUGACUGGGGAGUGCAGCGUGCUCCUCUGGCUAUCACGGGCCAUGGUGUCAGUGGGCACGGAUCGGUAUAG